GAGCACGGCUGCUUCGUGUGGCUACCCAGCGGCUGCAAGGCGAACGCGAAGGCGUCGCAGGGCGAGGAGGCGUGCAAGGCCCGCAAGCACGCGUUCGACGCGUUCUGUGGUGUGACGGACGCCGUCAUGCUGCCCUUGCUGGCGGCCCCCCACGAGGCCUCCACCGCGACGGGCGUCUCCACCGACACACCGGUCGUCGAGAAGCUCAAGGACACGCUGCCGGAGCUCCCAGGACAGGCCCAGGAGGAGAACGCGACACAGGCCGCUUCGUCCCCAGGUCGCAUGUGCACCUCAUCCAGUCUCGCCUGUGGCCCAGCUCGGCCGAGGAGCGCUGGCUGUUUCGCGUGGCUGCCCAGCGGCUGCAAGACCCCGCAUCACUUCCACGCGAAGUUUCAGUGGCGGAGGGACACGUGGGGCGAGGCGAACGCGCAGGCGGGGCAGAGCGAGAAGGCUUGCAAGGCCCGCAAGCAAGCGUUCGACGCGUGGUGCGGUGUGACGGACACUGUCAUGCUGCUGACAUCUCCUCGGGAGGUCCUCGUGGAGGAUGAAGGGGGACAGGGGGAGGCGCCAGAGGCGCCAGAGGCGGUGCCGCAGGCAGUUGCCGAGGCCGACGCUGCGGCCGAGGAGAGCGCGGGCCGCGGACGUGGUCGACUCGCUGCCCGAGCGGCCGCGGCCCUCCCUCAGGAGAGCGCUGGCUGUUUCGCGUGGCUGCCCAGCGGCUGCAAGACCCCGCAUCACUUCCUCGCGAAGUUUCAGUGGCGGAGGGACACGUGGGGCGAGGCGAACGCGCAGGCGGGGCAGAGCGAGAAGGCGUGCAAGGCCCGCAAGCAAGCGUUCGACGCGUGGUGCCCCGCGCCACCUCCACGCGAUGUCUCACUGGCGGAGGGACGCGUGGGGCGAGGCGAACGCGAAGGCGUCGCAGGGCGAGGAGGCGUGCAAGGCCCGCAAGCACGCGUUCGACGCGUUCUGUGGUGUGACGGACGCCGUCAUGCUGCCCUUGCUGGCGGCCCCCCAAGAUGGGGCGGCCAGUGGCUCGGGCGGCCCCCCCGCCACCGCGGGGCCGCGGGCCAGCGGCGCGUCCGCGGCGCCUCCGCGGUCGGACUCUGA